CUCCCACCCUCUCUGUUUCUCUUUCAUCUCUCUCUUGUACCCUUCUCCCAAACACCAUCUUCAUUUCUCAUGCCAAAAACACACAGAGAAGGAAUCUCUCAGAAUCGGUUUUGCCUGAAUAUUUCGAACUCCCCUGUUUCCAUUAAUUGAUCAUCAGAUUCUGGGUCUGUUCCGAUUCCAUAUUUUGGUUUAAUUUCUGGCUGAUUUGCUGAGUAAUUGAAUUGGCUGAAAUGUUGAGACCAAUCCUGUUUUGCUCUGUUUUGAUCACUCUGUUUUUCUCCUCCUCUGCUCAAUCAUCAUGCCAAAAAUAUGCCUUUACAAGCAACAAGGUGUUCAGUGCCUGCAGUGAUCUCCCACAGCUAAACUCUUUUCUCCAUUGGACAUACAACCCAUCUUCGGGAACCGCCCGUAUCGCCUACCGCCAGACCGGGAUUACUUCUUCCAGAUGGGUUGCGUGGGCCAUCAAUCCGACUUCUACAGGCAUGGUUGGGUCACAGGCACUUGUUGCUCUCCUGAAAUCUGACGGGACCAUGAACGUUUACACGUCGUCCGUGGAUAGUUACCAGACCCAAUUGCAGAAAGGGGAGUUGAGUUUCGAUGUAUCGGAUUUAUCGGCUACGCAUUCCAACAACGAGAUUGUUAUAUUUGCUACUGUGACGUUGCCAAACAAUAGCACUACUGUGAAUCAGGUUUGGCAAAAUGGGCCGGUUUCGAAUGAUGCCCCCGGGAUACAUGCUACCUCUGGUUCGAAUGUUCAAUCGAUGGCGACUCUGAAUCUUCUUUCUGGGGCGUCAGCGGCAUCAGGAGCAUCAGGAGCAGUAAGCUCGAGACUCAGGAAAAUGAAUAUUCACGGGGUGCUGAAUGUAGUCAGCUGGGGUAUCAUGAUGCCUCUCGGAGUCAUAAUCGCAAGGUACGUGAAGGUGUUUGAAUCUGCGGACCCCGCCUGGUUUUACCUUCAUGUAACUUGCCAAACCUCGGCCUACAUCAUCGGAGUUGCUGGAUGGGCAACCGGUAUGCAGCUCGGGAAUGAAUCUCCUGGCGUCCAGCAAACUGUCCACAGAACCAUCGGCAUUCUUCUCUUCUCUCUUGCCACCCUUCAGGUGUUUGCUUUGUUUCUAAGGCCAAAGAAGGAUAACAAAUACAGACUGUACUGGAACAUCUACCACCACUCGAUUGGAUACACAAUCAUCAUUCUUAGCAUCAUCAACAUAUUCAAGGGACUGGACAUCUUGAAACCGGCUAAUAAGUGGGAGCAAAGUUACAUUGGAAUCAUCGUGAGUUUGGGCAUUGCUGCUGUACUCUUAGAAGUUUAUACGUGGACUGUCGUUUUGAAGAGGAAGAAGGCCGAGAAGGCACCUGUCGGCACAAAUGGGUUUUACGGCUACGGUGCCAGGACACAAAACGUGGUGUAGAUCGAUUCAGUUGUUAAAUCUAUCAUGAUGCUAGUUAUGGUGUUUUUAACUAGUAUUGUUGCAGCGGAGCAAUAUAUACUGGUUUGGUGUAAUCUGGGGAGUUCACAGUUAUAGCUGUACUUUGUUUCAGGAUUGUAGCUUAGUGUGUGUGUGUGUGUGUACUCUGGAGAGCUACAUGUGUAUUUUACACUUCAUAUUUCUAUAUACCCACUUCAUAUAUUUCUUUC